AUGGCGGGAAAGCAAUUCUCCGGCGACAGAGUGCCGCCGAGCCUCGCCGGUAUGUCCAAAAAUCAGCUCUACGAUAUUAUGUCUCAGAUGAAGACAUUGAUAGAGCAGAAUAAGCAGCAAGCGAGGCAAAUUCUUAUUCAGAAUCCUGUUUUGACAAGAGCUCUUUUUCAGGCACAAAUUAUGCUAGGAAUGGUGCAGCCCCCGCAAGCUUCACCGGCAAUUUCAUCAACAGCAUCACAGAUUUUCUCCCCGCAUCCACCACCAGUAUCAAAUCAGAAGCCCAAAAUCCAGCCCACAUCAUCCUUCCCGGGCCAAGCUGUUCCUAACCAGAUAAGGAAGCAACAGAUAAACCAAACUCCAAGCCAAAACCCAAACCAAACUAUGGCGUCCAGAAACCUUCAUCCCCAACCCACCCCGCUAAACCCUCAUCCCCAAUCUGCCCCCUCGCGCCCAUUGCAAUCUAAGGCCCAUCUUGGGGCCCAAUCAGCACAAAUGUCCAUGCCAAUGCCAGCACAAUCCUCUCAAGUUCCUAAUAUAACUCAGUUGCCCCCUCAACUCCCUAAUAUAUCUCAAUUGCCACAGCAUAGUGUUUCACAGCCAACUUCACUCCAUCAUCCCUCUGUGCCUUCUCUGCCGCCACAGUCACAGCAGCCUAUCCAAAGUAGCGGCAAUCAGUAUUUGCCGCCUGUGCCGCUACAGCCGAGGGGGCCAAUGCCGGGCUUCCCACAUCAGGGUCCUAGUGGGAUGGGCCCGAAUAUGGGCUUUCAGCAUCCGGGUGGGCCACCUAUACAUCAUUCGCAGCAUAUGUAUCAUUCAGGUGGGAAACCUCAUGGUAGUAUGGGGCCUUCAUUUCCACAGGGACAGCUGCCACAUUCUAAUCAGCCUAUGCCCCCGUCAAUUUAUCAGACUGGAUAUCCACACUUGGGAAUGGAUUAUAAUCAGAGUGGAAACUCCAGGCAGACCGACAGAGGAGGACCCAACUGGACGAGUGGUGUUCAAGAAAAUCCGAUGGGCCAGCUUCAGCGGCCACUGUCAUUUCCUGGUCAGGUGGGGCCUAGUAAUCAGCCUCCUCGACCAGAUCAGCAGUUGACUCCUGAGUUGGAAAAAACGUUAUUGCAGCAACUUAUGAGCCUCACACCAGAACAGAUUAAUUCGAUGCCACCCGAACACAGAAAUCAGAUACUUCAGUUGCAGCAAAUGCUUCAUCAAUGA